UUGAUGAGGAUGGCUGAAGAAUACAGCGAGAAAGCAGGAACUAGAAUAAAAGUGGACAUGGGAACACUGACAGGGUUAGCGAUAAAAACUUCAAGCUGAUAACGAAAUGUUUUUUUAAAAUAUUGCAAAAAUCAGCAAACAGGGAAGAGAGAAGGGGGAGCAGGAGACAGCGCAAGGGAGUGAGAGAGGGAGAUUGGUGGUUGGUGGAUUAAGUCUGGUCCGAGAGGAUUAGUGUCAGUUCAGGUUUGGUAGUAAACUCACAUUCAUGUUGUUGGCGUUGACUGCUUCUGACACACUCGCCCUACUGGUUCCUUUCAACUGAGAAAUCCCACACUGAACAAUUGGACCACAGGAAGGGAAUUGGAAUAACCCUUUCAUUCUCUUCUGAACAAUUACCAUGAAACAAGCAAUGGAGGAUGGUGUCAGUGUGGUACUAUCCAGUGUGGUGAAGGAUGUUGACCAAGCUGUUAGCAGGAACAUUAAUGGUGCUCAGCUUUUGCAUGAACUACUGAGUGCACCGUGGCUUUGUGCUCUGCUGAAGAUUUAUGAGUGCCUGUUAAAGUUCCAGAGACUGACACCAAGCCCCGUUUUGCCUUAUGCUGCAGGACUCUCACAUGAGGUCAUAACUGCAAUACUGACAGCUCAAAAGCCUUCAGCUCCAGCUAGAGAGUUGUGCAGCCUCCUGAGCUCACCUCAUAUCCAGGCUCUCUUGUCAUCUCAUGACAGUGUUGCACAGUCAGACUAUGAGCCUGUCUUACCCCCUCUGCCUGAUGAAAUACCAGAGGAUGAGGAGGCAAUGAGGAUUGUGUGUCUUGUAAAGAACAACCAGCCUCUGAGUGGAGAAGAGUGUAGAAGGAGUGUAGGAGAAAUUCACAGCCGCUGGAGCAGCCUGCACCGCUUUACAUUGGAACGCCUCAUCCCUGCAAGAAGAGCUCAGUCAGGGGAGGACCUCAGAGUGCCCGAAAGUGAAGCAAAGCUUCCCCUUGUUCAUAAAGACGGCAGGUCCCACCCCUUUCUCCCUCGCUAUGAAUCCACAGGAAGUUGCUAUUUGUGUUCACCAACUGUAAAACUUGGGAACAAAGGACUCAAUCAGUCAGCUCCCUCUGUUUUGAACCCUGCUACCUGCACUGAGGAACUCAAACCCAAUGGGAAAGAUGGUGCUUCAACCAGAGAGAGCAGUGAUGACUACGCAUACCCACCUCCUCCAAUCCCAGCUUACAGUUUUAGCCUUCCCAACUCUCCUGUGUUGUACAAAAAAAAUUCUACAGGAGGACAGUCAAAAAAUAUCCCCACACCUGGAAGGACCUCCUCUUGUCGUGGCAUGAACCCUCUUAGAUCUGGCACUGCUCCUUCUAGUCCUGCAGCUAGAAGGAGUACUCAGGAACAAGGGGUCAGCACUAUCUCCAGAAGAGAUGGUUGUCAAACCACUCAAACCAGACCUCAUAACACACAUCAGGAAGAGUCUUUAAAUCAUCCAUUAAUGUUCCACUACGCUACAGCUCCUCGUCACAAUGAAUGCCAGAACAUAUCAAAACGUAAACAAAAUGCGCAGCAGCAGCAAUCAAGACACCAUAAUCAGCGUGCUGAACUCAAGAAACAGUGCAGUGUGGAAGAGCUUAGGUCCACUGUUCAGAUGGUGGCCAGCAGUAUUGAACACAAUAGUCAGGAUGUACGCCAACUUGGUGAGAGGAUGGUGGCAGCAUCAGAGAUUAUCACAGACAGCGUGGAAGAGAACGCCCAGGCACUUAACCUGCUUGCCGAGGUGGUGGACAAGCUUCAGGGGCUAAUCAUAACCAAAAAACACCUCGAGUCAUCUCCUUCACAGAGAAAGACACAACAAUAUCCACCCUCACCUCCUCCAAGGGUCUCCUCAUUAUCUCCAAAACUUGUCCGCAAAUCUCCAAUACCAUACCCAGGCCCACUCUCACCAUCUUCUUCCACUACUUUCUCCUCUUCUUCCUCCACAAGUUCUUGUGCAGAUGACUUUACAACAUCUAGGAGUCCAACACAAAUUAAUGGUGGAUCCAAAAGGAUGGUGGCAGCUCCUCAGAGGGCAGGUAGGGGUGGUAAUAAUGGACAAGUGAGGUUCAACACUGGAACCAUUUCAAGAGCUCCUCUGGAGGACCAACAAGACUGUAAGAGUACAGGCUGCUUAAAAACAAAGAAGAAGAAGAAGAAAGAGUAACUAGACUAAAAACAAACCUUUUCAUCUCUUUCCAGCAUUUGUACUGGAAAAACUGUGCCAGUGACAAAAAUACCUAAUGUCUUAGUCUAAAAAGAAAUAUCAGCUACAACAACAUAUGGACUUUUUUUUUUUUAAUUUGAAGAUUUUUUCGAUUUUUCAAACAAUCACUCAAAGGAACAAAAGCAAACAAUAUAAAGGUACAAAGCAAUUUCUUUCUGUCUUAUUUUCGUCAUCUAGUCCAACUAUUCUUAGAAAGUAUGACAGCUUUCAUUUUUUUCAUCAGCUCUGAUUUAUUAUUUUGGGUUCUUGACUAUGAUGGUCUGAAUAUACACAUUGAGCAAAAAAGGAGGAAAGUGUUUAGGGUUAAAUUUAUUUUUAAUAAUAUUUGCUAUGGAUUAUUUUGUACAUGUUGAACUGCAUUCAUCUUGACUUAUUGUUUGUAUAUUUACGUGGUAUCUAUUGCACAUCAAAUACAGCAAUAAAACCCUGUGGAAACACCUAAGAAGUUUUACAUUAUUCCACAUAUAGAAACAUCAAAAUUAAUUUUCAUGAGCACUGUUUUAGCGCCUGGUUGGAGCUUAUGUAAUUGGCAUUUUUUUAAAAAUAAUUUAGCAUUUUCAUUUCCCAAAACUAUGGUAGCAAAUUUGCAGGACUACUAAAGUUAUCCUUAAUUUUCAUGAGCCCUUGCUACCAGUUUGCUUCUAGCAAUGGCCUGUAGUGGACAUUGUAUUGUGUUGAUAGUGUUUACCUUUAGAGUCCCCAUGAUAUUUUGAUGUAAUGCAAAAUGAGUUAAUAUCAAAUGCCCAAGCAUUAAAAUAUAAAGAAAAAAACCCUUUAGUUAUCUAUUUAACUUUGAUCUACCACCAGCACUAAACUGUGUGGUUUUGAGUUGAAUGUAUGUUCAGCUGCUGGGUGUAUUAUGUUAGUGUGUAUAUUGAUAUUCCUCACAAAAUGGCACAAAAAUGGAAGGCCUUAUAAAAAAAAUAAUAAUAAUAACUGGCGUACAAGAAGAGCUUUUACUUAAUUUGCUGAUUUUUUAAUGAGGAUCUCAUGAAGAGAAAAUGUGUUUAAACAAAGUAUUUAUUAUUUACUUUUAAAAUCGUGUACUUUUAAAAAUUAAUUUAGUCAAAAUUUUCCAUUUGCUAAUCUUAGAAGACAUUUUGCCUUUGCCUUAAGAUCUCUUGUCACUAUUUUUGCUUGCUUUUUACUUUGUUGUUAAAUUUUGAACAACUCUCUAUCUGUUAGGGUGCAACUAUAAGAAAGGAUGAGGCAACGGGAGAUAUCUCUAUUGCCCGGGUGAUUCAUGGAGGAUUGGCUGACCG